CCUCGCCGUCUCCGGAGGGCGGAGGAGGCCGGCGCCUGCCCCUUUAAGGGCCGCGGCCGCGCCGCCCCGCCCGCUCAUUUCCUAGCGCACAGGAAGUGGGGCUGCUGCUCCGCGGCACCGGGGCGGCGGCGCUCCCGCCCCGCCGGGAUAUUGAAGUUAAACUGCUGUUCAAGUCCCAGAACUGCCCCAAAACAGUAAUUACACAACCCAGUCAAAGUGGACACAGAGCUAAUAGAUCCUUGGGUUCUGUCUUCAUUCUGCUGACUCAAACCACAGAUUCCAAAGAAAGGAGGAGGAAGUGGAAUAAAAUACUCAAGUGCCAGAGGAAAAUGUCAGACUAGUCAAUGAAAAUUACUAUUACUAAACUGUAGCCUCCUCACUUUUACAUAGUGGGGAGAACUAAAUGCUGUGCAUUUGAAGCUUGUGAAACAGCUUUUGCAGACUUUCCUUACUGAACUUCAAGCGGGCUAAAUAAAAAUCCUGUAACUAUUCCUCUUAAGAAAUGGAAAUAUGAUUCCUUCCUCGUGUCUCCCCUCUUCCCCUUUUAUGGGUUUUCUUCUUUGGGGUGGGACAUCCUGAACAAAUUGUUCGGCAUCAGCCACGCUUACAGUUGAUGGUCAUGGAUGACAUAGGAACUUCAGAUUUAUGUCUCUGUAAUGAUACAUGAUUAAGGCAAAGGUUGAAAACUGCUUAUAUGCUGCUAUAUCAGAGCUUAUAGUAACUAUUGCAAUCAUGCUUUUGUUCACUUUCUAAGAUUUGGACUUGGGGGGGAUGUUCCCGGAAAGGUAUGAGCAGAGAAGUCCUCUUUUUGGAUGGGAAGCGGAAAUAUUAUAAGGAUGCCCAGAAGAGGCUUAAUAAUUCAAGCCAGAACUCGUUGGCUGUUAGUGGGUCUGGCCUUACUAUUCAGUUUAAUCUUGCUCAUGUACUUGCUGGAGUGUGCUCCACAAACAGAGGGUAAUGGAUCUCUGCCUGGGAUCAUAGGUGAGAACAUGGGUAAGGAAUACUAUCAAGCCCUUCUGCAGGAACAAGAGGAGCAUUAUCAAAACCGAGCGACAAGUCUGAAACGUCAGAUUGCCCAGCUAAAGCAAGAGCUUCAGGAAAUGAGUGAUAAGUUGAAAACCCUGCAGGAGAAAAAGAGCCCCAAGAUCAAUGGUAUGAACUAUCAGGGCACCAAAGAACAAGCAUCUAAUGAUCUCCUAGAGUUUCUUCAUUCCCAGAUUGACAAGGCUGAGGUGAGCAUGGGGGCUAAACUGCCUAGUGAAUAUGGCGUCAUUCCUUUUGAAAGCUUUACGUCCAUGAAAGUAUUCCAGUUAGAGAUGGGGCUCACUCGGCAUCCGGAAGAAAAACCUGUUAGAAAGGAUAAACGAGAUGAAUUGGUGGAAGUUAUUGAGGCUGGCCUGGAAGUUAUCAAUAAUCCAGAUGAAGAAGAUGGACAAGAUGAAGAUGAUGGAGUAGGAGAGAGGCAGCUGUAUAAUGAAAAUGAUUUCAUAGAAGAACACUUCUAUGGAAACAUAGAAGGUAUGCUUUCAGCACUUCUAGUGGCACGCCUGCAGGAUGUAGUAGCUGUAAUUCCUGUAGAACUUGGCUUUCAAGGUUACUAUCGUACAGAAAGAGAUAAGGGGACACAGUAUGAACUGUUUUAUAAGAAGAUGGAUGGCAUGGAAUACAGGCAUGUCACAUUGUUCCGACCUUUUGGACCACUCAUGAAAGUGAAGAGUGAAACAGUCGAUAUUUCUAGAUCAAUCAUUAACAUUAUUGUUCCUCUUGCUGGAAGAACUGAGGCAUUUGCACAAUUUAUGCAAAACUUUAGGGAUGUGUGUAUUCAUCAGGAUAAGCGUAUUCAUCUCACUGUGGUAUACUUCGGACAAGAUGGACUGUCAGAAGUAAAAAGCAUCCUAGAGUCUGUAGCUAGAGAAACUAACUUCCACAAUUACACACUCGUCUCUUUGAAUGAGGAAUUUAACCGUGGCCGGGGACUUGACAUGGGUGCCAGAGCCUGGGAGAAGGGCGAGGUCCUGAUGUUCUUCUGUGAUGUUGAUGUUUAUUUCACAGCUGAGUUCCUCAACAGUUGCCGCUUGAAUGCUGAGCCUGGAAAAAAGGUUUUUUAUCCUGUGGUAUUUAGCCUCUAUAAUCCUGCUAUUGUCUAUGCCAACCAAGAUAUACCACCCCCUGUGGAGCAGCAAUUGGUACACAAGAAGGAUUCUGGUUUCUGGCGGGAUUUUGGCUUUGGGAUGACUUGUCAAUAUCGGACAGACUUUCUGACUGUUGGGGGGUUUGACUUGGAAGUGAAAGGCUGGGGCGGUGAGGAUGUUCACCUUUACAGGAAGUACUUGCACGGUGACCUUAUUGUGGUGAGGACACCAGUCCCCGGUCUCUUCCACCUCUGGCAUGAGAAACAUUGUGCAGACGAACUGACUCCAGAGCAGUAUCGCAUGUGUAUCCAAUCCAAAGCCAUGAAUGAAGCAUCUCACUCUCACCUUGGCAUGCUGGUCUUCAGGGAGGAGAUUGAGACUCAUCUCCGUAAACAGGCUUAUAGGACUAACAGCGAAGCAGUGGGUUAAAUGAAGCCCUGCGGCAGGGUGAAGAUGACGACUUCAAAUUCACAAUGAACCAGCAUCAUUUUACAGCCUUAAUUCAGCUUAAAAAUGCAGUGCCUCUCUUUUUCAGUGAAAAAGAGUUUAGGGGUUUUUUUGGUUCCUGUUUUUGUUUUCUAAGUAACUCUUUGACUGAUAUGCUGUUACCUACAUAUCUUAUCAGUUCAAGCACCUGAAAUAAGAAUCCAGGAAGCUUAUACAGUACAAGGAAAAUGUCUUCAGUAUUGAUUGGAAGAACACAUCAGUGGAAUGUACAACUCAACACUUUUCCACAUGGUACAUUGUGGUUCUUAUAUCUGCAUUAUUUUAUGGAUUAGAUUAAGUAAUCUUUUGUGUUGUCUGCAGAGUAUUUUAAGUCUUGUAUGGCUCACUGCACUGUACCUUUAGAGGGAUGCUAUAUUUACAUUCCACUGUAGAAACAAGAGAAAGGUGUGGAAUGAGAAAAGUGUGAAAAAGAAUCCCACUGUAAAAGGUAUGCAAGAUAUGCUGAUUGGUAUGCUAACUCUUCAGGUUGCUGACUUCACAGCAGUAGCUUGGUGCUGUAUUUCCUGUAUUAACAGACAUUCACAUUGUUGAAUACGGAAUAACUUAUGUGAAAGGGGGGAAAAUGAAAAUCUUUUAAAGUGGAUUUUUAAAGCAUUUAAUAUAGUUUCACAGUGUAAAAGAGACACCACUUAUCUUGGUGGUGGGUCAAGCAGGUUGAGAACAUUCCAGUUUUGUUUCUGGGUCUAGUCUUUUGCUGCAGUAGACACCACAUCUUAGACUCUUUUAUAAACUGAGCUGUACUGGUAAACAAACUCGGUUGCUUAAGGAUAUUUGGCCUCACUACUGCUCCUUGAAAGGUCCUGCCUGUACCUCUCAGCCUUAAAGUUGAGAAGCUAUCUUUUCAUUUCAAUACGUAUGUUUGCUGCUAUGCCGAUAUUGUCCCUUUGCUUUCUUUCCCUUCGUCUGGCAUUUCCCUGGCAUAUUUUUAGAAGGCAGUCAUAGACUGUUAGUUGUUCCGCUAGAUGGAAAAAGCAAGUGCAGUUAUAAUCUUUCUUCACAGGAUACUCUCCAUUCCACUGAUAAUCCUAAUAGCCUUAUUCUUCAUUGAGUUAUUUUUUUUUUUUUUUUUUUUGAAAAGGCAUGAACAGAGUUAUACAUAGUGUUUCAUGUGUGGUCUCAUUAGUGCCUUGUACAAUGGCACUACUAUUUCCCUACUUUUCAUUUGGUAUUUCAGGGUACAUAAACAGCUGAAAUGCAGGCAGGGCGUUUUUCUCCAUGUUGUCUUAUAUGCUGUCCUAUGGAAUGCCUCUUUUUUGUGUCUUCCUUUUUAAAAUGAGUGCUCAGAAUGCUAAUUCAGUGGUUGAACCAUUUGCAUGGUCUCCACUGAGUUUAGAAGUUAGUUGAAAACCCUUCUCUCAGCUAAUUAAGAUCUGUUUAUCAAUUCAGUGUGUUUCAAGAAUUCUGAAGGCAAUUAAGAGAUUUAAAUGUUUGGUUUCUGAAUAGCAGAUAUGCUGUGCAAAUAGUUCUGGGCACUGAUCCUUUUUACAUGUACAUAAAAUCUGCCUUUAUGUAACUUAUUGUGGAGAACGGUGUACUGUAUUGUACUUAAAGUGGAGGGAAUGCAUUGCAAGACUUCUUGCAAAUGAUAUUCUCUGUAAAUAAAUUGAAUGUCUGCAUUUUAGAA